AUGGGUUCUACACUACCCCCUGUCAAAGAAAGGAAGCCUAUCAAGGACCUACAAAAGGUCUUUCACUACACUGACACGCAGACUCGAAAACCCACUCGCGACAAUGAUCCAUACGAGUAUCAGGCCGGUUGGGGGAACCGCUUCCAGUCCGAAGUAAUCCCCGGGACCUUGCCUGCCGGCCAAAAUAAUCCUCAAGAGGUCCGUUUUGGUUUGUACACUGAGGGCAUCACCUAUUCUGCAUUUGCAGCGCCUCGUCACGCCAAUUUUAGCACGUAUAUGUACCGUGUGCGUCCUGCUGCUGUUCACAUCACUAACUCAGAUGGAUACCACAAUAAUAUCGGCACCGAAGCUCAUAUUGAAAACUGCUUCUUGUCCAUCAACCCCAAAGUAGAGUCUCUCGUGGAGCAAGCCGAAUGGGCGCCUUUCCCUCUCCCACCAGCCAGCAAAAGGAUCGAUUUCGUUGAUGGACUUCACACUUUGGGCGGCAGCGGAGAUCCCAACCUCAGAGAAGGCAUCGCCUUGUACGUUUUCAUGAUCAAUGCGGAUAUGAACAACCGUGCCUUUUGCAAUCUUGAUGGGGAUUUUCUUCUUGUUGCGCAACAUGGCAGUCUGGAUAUUCAAACCGAGCUUGGGAAACUGUUCCUUCAACCAGGUGAAAUCUGUGUUGUGCAGCGCGGUCUGCGGUUUGCGAUUCGUCUGGCGCCAGGGCAUACAGAGGCUCGAGGCUAUAUCGCCGAGGUCUGGGGCUCGAUAUGGGAACUGCCAGAUCUUGGUCCCUUGGGCGGUCAUGGAUUGGCUAACCCCAGGGACUUUUUGCAUCCGGUCGCCUAUAUAGACGACGAAUUACAUGGGGACUGGACUAUUGUGAACAAGAGUAAUGGCAAAUAUAAUGCAAUUGAGCAGGACCAUACUCCAUUUGACUUGCUUGCUUGGCAUGGAAACGUCGUUCCUUACAAGUACGACUUGACCAAAUUCGCUUCCCAAAACGCCACAUCCAUCGACCACACCGAUCCCUCAGUCAACUGUGUCCUUACCGCCAAAUCUCGCGACCCCAAUACCCCACUAGCAGACUUCCUCUGGUUCGGUCCACGCUGGGAUGUUGCAUCCAACAGCUUCCGGCUCCCGUAUUUCCACCGCAACUCAGCAACGGAAUUUUUGGCGAGUCUGUAUGGGAACGGGCUAGGUCGGUCUGAUGAUUUCCUUCCCGGUGGGGGCAGUGUCGAGGUCAGUCAUACGCCGCAUGGCGGUUUCAAUGAAGGGUAUCAGUAUGAGAUGCGUAUCCAGGAGAAUGAGCCGCGGCGGAUCCUUGAAAACCAAAUGACUAUUAUGCUUGAGAGCAGCCGCAGCUUUCUCUUCACCGAAUAUGCUCGUGGUGGAUGUGGCACGUUUCGUAGACAAGGAACUGAGCCAAAAGUCUGGGAUGCGCUUCCUGACAGAUUUUCUUCUUAUCCCGCUAUCAAAGAAAUACUGGCCCAAGCCAAGGCCGAUAAGGCAGCCCGGAAAGCGCGCCUGGAUAUUUACUAUGAUGAUGAGAAGCUGGCUGAGCUGGCAACAUUUGAA